AUGGUGAACUUCUCUCCAUCAUCCAUGCACCUUCACAAGCUUACUCGCACUUCUCCUUCCUUCGGGAGUGCGUUCUUUCUGGUGGGUCAUCGUGUUUUGGACAUAAGAGUGCGUAAUGGUUGUUUAUUCCGCAAGAAUCGGAGAUGUUUCGGAGCGUCCAUUUCGUGUUCGGGUGUUGGGAACGAUUUGCCUUCUAUUGAACAGCUGAGUGAUGCACGGGUCAUAUACUCUGUCGCUCCAUCUAUGGGACACAAUCAGGAGUCCCAUCCAGAAUCACAUUUUCGAGUUCCUGCAAUUGUGAAUGCUCUAGAAGAAAUGCAGCUCUCUUCAAAGUUCCGUGGCUCUGAGUUAAUUGAACUUCAACAUUUUGAGCCUGCUUCUGUAGAUGAUAUUGCAAGCGUGCAUGAAAGAGCCUAUGUUUCUGGACUUGAAAAGGUUAUGAAUCAAGCUGUGGAGAAGGGCCUUAUUUUAGUUGAAGGUUCUGGACCAACGUAUGCCACUGCCACUACCUUUCAGGAGUCAAUAAUUGCAGCUGGUGCUGGAUUAGCCUUAGUUGACUCAGUGGUUGCAGGUUCAAAGAUAAAGAGUGAUGCACCCACUGGUUUUGCUCUGAUUAGACCACCAGGACAUCAUGCUGUUCCACAAGGACCUAUGGGCUUCUGCAUUUUUGGCAAUGUGGCCAUUGCAGCCCGUCAUGCUCAGCGUGUUCAUGGACUGAAGCGCGUGUUUAUAAUUGAUUUUGAUGUGCAUCAUGGGAAUGGAACAAAUGAUGCUUUCUAUAAUGAUCCAGAUGUAUUUUUCCUUUCGUUUCAUCAAGAUGGAAGCUACCCAGGUACUGGUAAAUUUGAUGAAGUGGGAAGUGGAGACGGUGAAGGAACCACAUUAAAUCUGCCUCUUCCUGGAGGCUCAGGCGAUACUGCUAUUAGAACCGUGUUCGAUGAAGUUAUUGCACCAUGUGCUCAAAGAUUUAAACCAGACAUCAUUCUUGUUUCUGCUGGGUAUGAUGGCCACGUGUUGGAUCCACUAGCUAAUCUUCAAUAUACGACUGGAACAUAUUACAUGCUAGCGUCCAGUAUUAAACAAUUAGCCAGAGAUUUAUGUGGAGGGCGAUGUGUGUUUUUCUUGGAAGGAGGAUAUAAUCUGAAGUCUCUGUCAUAUUCCGUGGCAGACACAUUCCGUGCUCUUCUUGGUGAUCGAAGCUUGGCAUCUGAGUUUGAUGACCCUAACGUUUUGUACGAAGAGCCAUCUACAAAAGUUAAGCAAGCAAUUCAGAGGAUAAAACACAUUCAUUCCCUGUGA